GUUGCUCUUGGAAACAACCAGCAAUGGCUGCUCGCUGAAGUCAUUCAUGGAUCCGCUACAGCAUACAUGACUGGACUUCUUCGCAACAUUUACUGGAUAUACGGACUGAUGUUUCCAGAAUGAAUGUUUAUAUUUCAUCAGAAUGCCAGCAGGUCAAAGUGAUGUGAGAGCUAAGACGAAAGCUCGCUUUGACGAGGUUUUGAAGAGAUACACAAACCCUCCAUCUGAGAAAAAGAAAGCCAAACAGAUCUCUGACCAGUCUCAGGAAAUUAUCGUGCUUCAGACCUUAAAGAAGAACCUAGAUUUGAGUAAAGACACUGAAGAUGAUGAAGCCAUCCUACAUAACACAUACGAUCCGGCUCAGGGCAGCCCUAGAUACACCAAAAACAGGCGCAGGGAGAGGGAAGUAUCAGAAAAGACUAACUUAAACAAUGCUGUGAGUGAGGAGGAGUCCACAUUGACCAGCGGGAAGAGGAAAAGCAAGAGGAAGCUCCCACAACCACCACCCAGUGUUCAAGACGCAGAUGACAAUGACAGAAGGACUGAUGCAGAAACUGAUGGAAAACCUAUUAGGAGGAUAAAAAAAGGGAAAAACAAAGCUGCUAAUGACUCGAGUCAACAGAAAGAGCAGACGGAGACAGAAGAUGAUUAUUUACGAGCGUACCAACAUCAGAUCUCACAGGAAGAAGAGACGGCGGGAAAGAAAUCGACACGAAAGAAAGCCGCAGAGAAGCUUGAGGAGAAGCAGCUGCUAAACAAUGAGCUGGAGAAGAAAAAGAAGAAGGCGAAAUCAAGCAAACAUGAUGCUGAAAGAAGUCAGGCUGAAGUGUCAGCAGAAAACCAGACAGAAAUCAUCCAGGAUGAUGUAGAGGAGUUCAAGGAGGAUACAGUCAAACCCAAAGUGAAGAAGAAAAAGAAACGAAAAGAAGUGCCUGUUGAGGAGGAGCAGACAGAAGAAAAACCAGCCUUUGAUGACAGUUUGGUCCUGGGAGUUUAUAUCCACAGAACAGACAAGCUGAAGACCGACCUGAUGGUGUCUCACCCCAUGGUCAAAGUUCAUGUGGUUGAUGAGGUCACUGGACAGUAUGUCAAGAAGGAGGACAGCCAUCGUCAUGUUUCAUCCUUCUAUGAGCAAGAAAACAUUGAGCACAUCCUGCCCAUUAUAACUCAACCAUUUGACUUCAAGAAACACAAAACAACAGUUCCAGAGUGGGAGGAACAGAUCAUCUUCAAUGAGCGAUUCGGAUAUUUUCUACAAGAUGACGACGAGAGUCCACGUGUGAUGCUGCUUUUUGAGAUUCUGGAUUUCAUCAGUAUGGAGGAGGCUCGAACAAACGUCUCAGUUGAUCGACAUGAAAGAGGUUUCAGAAAGAUUGCUUGGGCUUUUUUGAAGCUUGUAGGAACCAAUGGGGUGUUGAACAUUGACACCAAACUGCGUCUGCAGCUUUACUGCCCUCCUCCACGAGCGAAGAAAGUACCACAAACGGUGGAAGUCUUUCAAUGGUGGUCAAAGUACCCAAGGAACAAAUACACCUCAACUCUCUAUGUCACCGUGAAAGGCCUGAAACCACCAGAACAUGUUGACCCCGGUAUCCGCUCCAUGAUGGCUCUGCAGCAGGAGCGCGGCAGCACCUCCUACAGUGAGCUCAAUUCUGAGAUGACCAAUAAAACCAGCACUCAGAUACAGGAGAGCAAAGCAGAAACCAUGAAGUGGAGCCGUAUGCCCGGACAGGUGUGCCGGAUCCCAAAUAAGCCAAUGCACUCUUUCCGUGGAGGUCAGAUGGGCUGUUUUACUCUCUGUUUCUCACAUGAUGGACGUGCGCUAGCAGCUGCGUGUGCAGAUAGAGAUGCUUUUCCUAUCAUAAUAUAUGAGAUUCCAUCUGGGAAAGUUCUGUCAUCUUUUAAUGGCCAUCUGAGUGUGGUUUAUGAUCUCUGCUGGUCCAGAGAUGAUAAAGGCCUGUUAACUGCAUCCUCUGAUGGAACAGUGAGAGUGUGGAAUGUUGAACGUCUGCAGACUCUUGCGCAUAAAACUCUUCCGCACCCUUCAUUCGUGUACUGUGCCAAGUUCCACCCUCAAGCCCAGAGUCUGGUGGCGACGGGGGGUUACGAUGGCGUGCUGCGAGUCUGGAACGUAGAUGUACAAGAUGUGAAUGGUCAACUUUUGCAAGAGUUUGACGGACACAAGACUUUCAUCAACACUCUGUGUUUUGACCCUGAAGGGAGCAGAAUGUUUUCUGCUGAUAAUUCCGGACUCAUCAUUGUGUGGGGAACGAAAGUUAUGCCUGGGUCUCGCCGUGGAGCAACCAGUCAGUGGAGCAUUGAGAGGGAAAUUAAAGAGGCAGAUCUGAACGGAAUAUCUAUUAACUCAUUAGAGGUGCAUCCAAAUGGACGAAGACUCUUAAUUCAUGCCAAAGACAGCGUUUUGAGGGUCAUGGAUUUGAGAAUUCUGGCAGUGAAGAAAUACAUAGGUGCCACAAACUACAGGGAUCGAAUCAACAGUACGUUCACUCCUUGCGGAAGCUUCAUCUUCGCUGGUAGUGAAGAUGGACUGGCGUAUGUCUGGAACUCUGAGACAGGUGACCAGGUUGCCGUGUACUCAGAGCUGUGUUACUCAUCUGCACUUCGAGCUGUAGCUUUCCACCCUCAUGAGAACAUGGUGGCCUUCUGUUGCUUCGGCCAAAACCAGCCCAUCCAUCUCUAUCUGUAUGACCGUAAAGUGGCUCAGAUGGAGGUGGAGAGUUUGCGAGGCUGGAGUCGCUCAGAGAAUCUGGACAGUAAGACGGGCAGGAUUUCAUCAGAGUUCAUGAGCAUCCAGAACCCCACGGCCACCAGCAUGGACCGAUUUGCCAACACUGCACGCAUGUCCCUGAAGAUGCAGCGGGUCAAACAGAAACUAGACUCUGUGCUGGAGCCUCAUCGCAGUUCCUCUAAUGUGGACAUGUAUGAGCAAGGUGGAAUGUCUUCCUUGGGAAGGAGUAUAGAGGGCCUGAACUCAUAUCUUCCUCCUCCAUCUCUACUGUCUCCUCACUCUAAACUGCAGAUGUCUUCUUCACUGAGCGCUCAGCUUAUUCCUCAGGCCACACUGACCUCACACACCAGUGGUUACAGUCAAGCCGGACAGCCAAUCAGAAGAGCUCCAUCCCUCAGACAGCAGAAAAGUUUCCAUGAUUAUGAAUUCUCUCAACAAGUAGAGACAGAUUUGGGUCAAGCUCAUCAGACGGUUGUGUCUUUAUACGAGUACAGAGCCAAUAGGUCGGACGAGCUGUCGAUGCGGCGGGGUGACGUGGUUCAUGUGCUGUAUAAAGACAAUGACAGCUGGUGGUUUGGCCGACUGGUCAGUGGGCAGGAGGGAUAUUUCCCAGCAUCUUAUGUGGCUGAUGAAGGGAACUUUGAUGAGGAGCUGUCAAGAGCUUUAGAAGCACAACCGUCACUGAUAGAUCAACCUGAGGAAGCGGAGCAUGCAACACCAGUUCAGAUGUCCGCAGCCAUCAGUGCCUCUGGAGAGCUGAAGAUCAUCUCAGAGCUGGACACGGAUGCUGAAGCCUCCUCCACCACAAGAAAAAAGAAGAAGAAAAAGGUGAAGCGGAUUGAAGUUCCCUCUGAAGAUCUGCCUCCAUCUUCAGGAUCUUCCAGAAGAAGGAGACCUCUUCCCAAACUCGGCCAAGCCAACGGUGCGUUUGAAGGUGAAGGAUUGAACUUACGGGAUCUGGUCUGAUGCUUAUGACGGAAUUACAGACAUAGAAACUUAAAUACGUCUUUCUGAUAAUUUAUUUUUAUAGUUGGCCUUAUUUUUAAAAAGUCUAUUUUGUAAUUGGAUACGUUUGUAAUGUAUAGUUUUAGAUUAGUUUUGUACAGUUUUUUUUGUUUUGUUUUGUACAUAUUUUAUGUUUAUACGUUUCAUUUAAAGUAAGUUAAGAUUACAAAUGUAACGGCAACAACUCCAGCGGUGGAGUUAUCUAAUAAUACUAAAUAAUUUUUCCACA